AGUGAAAACUGCAUCAAUUUCCCGUUCUAGCUGGAUCAAGAAUUUAGUUUUCCGUCGAAUAAUGUCCAUUUUAACAUUAAUUUGUACCCAAAUUGAAUUAAUUUAGUGUUUUGGAAUCCUUCCUGCUGUUAACCCAUUUGGAAAAGAUGUCGAACGGACGGGAUCUGUUCUGUUUACCGGCCGGCCCAGCCGAUCUUUGCUUCGACAAGAACGAGUUCAUGAAGAAAACCUUUUCGGUGGAUGAGUUCUUGUACGAGAAUCGUAAUGCUGGUAGUUUGGAGAUCAUCCGAGACGAUUUGGGCAUAUACCUCAAAGUGCUCCGAUCGGCUAUGAUAGAGUUGAUAAACCAGGACUACGCAGAUUUCGUGGACCUAUCGGCAAAUUUGAUUGGACUGGAUCAACAGAUCGGUGGUAUCGUUAGUCCGUUGGAAAAAUUGAAGGAAGAAAUUCUGGUCGUCAAACAAGCACUCGAAGGAACCAUGGGUGGAAUCAGCGAAUGUUUGGAGCAGAAAAAGGACUUGAGGAAGUACAAGAAAAGCCUUCAAAGUUUGGCUAAGGCGCAGGGAGCUUUGGUAAAGCUUGAUAGUUUACUUAAGCCAAGCGAAGGGAAGGAACAAGAGAUCAAUCCGGUAUUGUUAGAGAGGGCUGCUUUGGAGUCGAUCCAGCUACAAUUCAAUAUCAAGUUUUGUAACGAAUUUCUGAAUCAGGAACAAAUGCAACUUUCAAAGGAACUCAAAAACAGUUUACUUGAACAGAUUAAGGACUACUUUCUAAAAACUUUGGAGAAGAAAGACGUUGACGGUCUUGAACGAUGCCUUAGAAUUUAUUGUACUCUGGACGAAUGUCGAACCGCAGAGGAUGUGUUCAAACAGGAAAUAGUCGCACCGUAUAUGGCGAAAGUUAUUUCCGAAAGCAGCUUACAAAAUUCCGUACAAGGUUUAACCGGUAUCUACAAUCAGAUUCUGGAUUUCAUUUCGAUGAACAUGAAAAACCUUUUGGCGCUAACGAAAAAGAAUGGCAAAGUCAAGGGGUACGAUUUUGUCACCAACAGUUUCUGGACCGAGGUAGAGCGCCGAAUGGAGACGAAUAUGUCGUCGAUAUUUGCUCCGGGCAAUCCUGAUUCGUUCUACCAGAAAUACAAAUGCACCCUGGAGUUCCUCGAACGAAUAGAACUAAUUAUUGAGGACCCCGCGGAAGUAACGGCUUUUAAAGCGCAUGCACAAUACAAAAGUUUCCAAGUACGAUGGAAUCUGCCGGUUUACUUUCAAAUUAGGUUUCAAGAGAUAGGAUCCAACAUGGAGAAAGCAUGUAGCAAAGGACUGGAUGCCCACAAAUUUACAGCUCAACAAAUCAGCGCUAGCCAGUUUAAUUUACUCCAAUUUUCAAUAGCUUUGACCUGCAUCUCAAACUGUUGGCAGGAAGGCAUUUAUCUACCGCAACUUUUCCAUCGCUUCCUGAAGCUAACGCUGCAAGUAUUAUCCCGAGCUACUACCUGGAUCGAUACGGCAAUGACAUACGAAGCGCCAGCCGACCUGCAGGAACCAUUCUAUAGAAUCAAACUUCUUGCCACCUUGUACUCCGAUAUAACCAACUUCUCCCGAAAAGUUCCUCAAAUUGUCAACCUUAUAGCGGAGAAAGCACCACCCAUACUGGAACUCACAACGACUACCUUGGAUGAAAUCUUCUUCGACAACCGAUCCCUGCUGACGACUAAAUUGAACCGGUUGCAAACGUUAAUCGUCCAAGAACUGCUUCAGUCGAGCACGCCGGCCAUCCGGCAGGUUAGCGAUAUUCCCCGGUUGUAUCGGAAAACUAAUAGAGAGGUGCCCAGCAAAUGCUGUCAGUACGUGGAACAGAUGUUGCUGCCUAGUCGCACCUUUGAGGAACGAUUUGCUUCGAUGGUUGGCGACGAUAGGUUGAAAGAAUUUUUGGCUAAUGUGUACGGAGGUUUGACUGAAACCUACCUCCAGGCGAUCGAAGAAGUUCUAACGUCCGUCCAGAAAACGGAAGAAUCGCUGCGCCGCUUGAAAAAUCUUCGGGCACAAACAACUGGCACUGUGUCAACCACAAGCAACAACAGCAGCAGCAACAGCGCCGGAACAACGAUGACCGAUGACGACAAAAUUCGGCUGCAACUUCAGGUGGAUGUGGUUCACUUCGUCCAGGAAAUCGAGCGAAUCGGUUUGGCCCGCGGUGAAAUCGACAAACUGGACCAACUGGUCCAGCUGGUUGAAGAAGCAACCAAGAUCCGAAUAGGAACCAAUUAUGCCGGGGUUUAGGCUAACAAGGAACUUCUUUUCUGCUCUACCGGUUAAAAAUUUGGAGCCCCAAUCGGGUGGGUGUAACCCGUGACUAGUUGCAAUUUACGAAGUAAUUAUUUCCUGUACACAUCUGUAUCUAACGAUAGGAAACUACGAGUAAAAUUAGGAAUCUUACGAUCAAAAAUAAACUAACAGUUA